UCUUGUAAGAACAGAAGAAAUAGCUCGAAAACGCGCCUUUCAAAGAAAAAGAAAACUGCAGGAUAUCCAGAAGAGUAGUCACUGCGUUAGCUAAAAUGUACAUUGGCGAAUUUGGUUAAAAUGUGAGCUGUCCAGAGUUGAGGUCCAGUGAUGUUUAACUUCCCCGUGAGCGCAAGGGUUGGAGAGUCAUGCUGGGAUUCAAGAUCUUGAUGGAAUCCUUACCGCACAACAGACAUCUCUUGUGGAUGACCAGAGGGGUGCAAGCUACUGCUACAAUAUUCAAUAGUAAAAGUCUUCAGUGAUGUCUGGGCUAUCAAAGGAUUUUGACAUUCCCAGUGUAGCCUCUACAUCACAAGAAGGCCAAAAAAACAGGACACUGAAAGUCACUUUGCUGAGCAGCGAGUGGAGAUCAUCAACUGAUGGAGACCUGUCAACCAUCAACAGAGAGCUUGCCAUACAGUUGGCUAAACACUCCAAUGUGGAAGUUAGUGUCUUUCUUCCACAAUGUAGUGAAGAAGACAGGAACAAUGCGGAAAGUCAUGAUGUUCGGCUUGUUGUUGCUGAAACACUACCUGGUAUAAAUCCAGUUGACCGUCUGAUGUUUGUCCCAGAUGGACAUGUCGUGGAUUGUGUGGUAGGACAUGGAGUAACUCUUGGCAGACAAGUGCAGGUCAUUAGAAAACAGCACAACUGUAAAUGGAUCCAAGUUGUUCACACUGCCCCAGAAGAACUUGGAGUGUACAAAAGCAUUUCAAAAGGUGAACAACUGCAAAAAACGGAAGUAGCAUUGUGUGAGAAGGCUGAUCAAGUUGUAGCAAUUGGACCCAGGCUGACAGAUGCUUACAAACGUUACCUUCGUUGUAGUAAAAAAGAGCAAAAUGUUUUUAAUCUUACUCCAGGCAUAUUCUCUGAAUUUUUGGAUGUGGAGCAAGCCACAGAAGAAAGAAGAACAUUCCGUGUCCUAGUCCUUGGAAGUGGUGACUGCUGUGAAGAUUUCAUGUUGAAAGGGUUUGACCUUGCAGCUCAAGCAAUUGCUGAGUUGAAAGAUAAAUCCUACCAACUCAAGUUUGUUGGUGCACCAAGAAAGAAAGGGGAGGAAAUAGCAGAUGAGCUUCUUCAACAUGGAAUUGAUUGUAAUCAGCUUAUUGUUCGCAGCUUCAGUGACAGUAGAGAAGUAUUAGCUAACUUAUUGUGUGAGGUUGAUCUUGCCAUAAUGCCAUCCAAGACUGAAGGAUUUGGACUUAGGGCUCUUGAAGCCUUAUCUGCUGGAUUACCGGUACUUGUCAGUGGUAAUUCAGGUCUUGGAGAAGCUCUGAAGGAGGUGCCUUUUGGAUCACACUGUGUGAUCGCCUCUGAAGAUCCUAGAGACUGGGCCAGGGAAAUCAAGGCUGUGCGACAGAAAAAGAGGAGUGUGCGACUUACAGAAACAAAGUUUCUUCGUGAAAAGUACUUUGAGAUGUACAGCUGGAAAGAGCCCAUUAGAAGUCUUGUAGAGAGGAUGUACAGUCUCAUAUUUGGUUCAGAAAGCAGACCAGGUAUUGCAACUGGAGAUAAGAGGCCAGCCUCUACUGUUUUAGGUGAUCGUCAUUCCAAACAAUUCAGAGGAAAAUCAGUUAACUAUGAUCACCUUGAAGCUCUGAAAGGCUCCUUGGGUGGUCGAUCAUCUCAUUCUUCCAUGGAAUAUGGAAAGUGUCCUUUCUCCUUGACCUCUGUAACUCAAGACAGACUUGUUCAAGUGAGAAGUCCCAGUCAAAAUCAAGUACAAGGCAUAACAAAAUUGGUAGAACCAGACCUAAUCAUGCAAUGCCCAGAAAAUCCUAAGUCGGCUGACUACCCAGAGAAAAUUGUAGAGCUGAUCAAACGAGAGUACAAGGGCACUGUACUGUGUCCCUUCCCUUGGUGUGAGGGUGAAUUACUGUUUGAAUUGUCCAAGAUAUUUACGAGACUGAAGAUUGUUGGUCGGAAGAAGGAAAGAGCAAAGUUGACAAUUGUUCCCGUCGAAAUGACUGAUGUCUUUAGACCAUACAAAGCAUGUGAUUGUCAAUCUGACUGUGAUUGUGAACGUGAAAACACAAGAGUGGUGUUGAUCGAGGGACCACCUGGGAUAGGAAAAACUACUUACUGUCAGAAACUUUCAUAUGAUUGGUCUGUGGGGGACAUUACAACUGGAUCUUCUUUUCCUAAAGUGGACGUUUUUCUUCGGCUGAUGUGUCGUGACAUGAAGACUGCGAACAUUGAGGAUGCUAUUGAUGAUCAGCUAUUACCAAUUACUGUUGACAAGGUAGACAAGGGGAAAUUCUUCCAUUUCAUUCGCCGCAACCAAACUAGAGUCUUGCUGGUGCUUGACGGAUUGGAUGAAUUGCCGAAAAACCUGUUCGAAGAAUUUUUGCCUUUGAUUAAAGGAAGAGUAUUUCCUUUAACAUAUGUCAUGUUAACAGCUCGACACGAAGCUGGGAUGAAAGUUCGGCAACACUGUGACGCACUGUUUGAGAUUGUAGGUUACACCAAAAGUGAUGCAGAUAGUUACAUCAAGAAGUAUUUUCGCAGUCACGACAAACCGAGUCUUGGUUUGGAACUGAUCAUGGAAAUAGAAAAAGACACACAGCUCAGAAAAUUGACUAGCAAUGCACUGAACACAGCUCUUCUUUGUCUUGUUUUUGAAGAUACAGGUGGAAUAUUGCCUUACAACAGAACCAUGUUGUAUAGUGAACUUGUCAACUGUGUUCUUAGAAGAUAUUGUUCAAAAAAAGAGAUCUCUUUGGACUACCAAGAUCCCAUAAAGAAGUACGCAAACCAACUAAACCAGUUAGGAGAGCUGGCUCUUGAAGCUCUGCUUAAAGAUGAAUUAGCUUUCUCUUUAGAGGAGCUGAAAAGUCAGUCAAAUGAAUUCCUUGAGCUUGGAUUUCUUUCUCGAGAGGCCAGUGCAAGCAAACUCAAACCGAAGCCAACUUAUGCAUUUAUCCACAAGACUUUCCAGGAAUAUUUCGCCGCAUUCCACGUGGCGCAUGAAUUGCUAACUACUGACAGGGACAAGGCUCCCCUUCUGGCACAGCUUAGUCCUGUUCAUGAUUAUUGGCAGGUGUGGAAGUUUCUCAUGACAAUGGCAGCAAGUAAAAGUGAUGAUACAGCCGUCUUAUUGGUUUCGAAUAUAUGCACCUUCUUUCAGCAUCAAAAAGUUGUCCAAUUCUCCAGUGAUGAGGAUGAUCAACUAAAAGCUAAAUUAAGAGAAAUUGUCUCCAGUCGUCUCUUAAAAUAUCACCAUGUUUGUAAAGAUGCUGGAUAUGAUUGCGAGUCAGAGCAACAGAAAUUGAGGCCUUUUUCAGUUGAGGAGGAGUUUUCGUUCUUAGUGAAAAUAGUGGAUGCCAUUACUCAAUGUGAAGAACCUAAAAGGAAACUUAAACCUUACCAAAUUAAGAUGGCUGGUAUGCUUGCACGCUGUUUUCCCAUGGAUGAAAUAACAGUGAAGAGUAGUCAUGGUGGCACUACCUUUAACUCACGAUUUCCAUUUGUUAUGUCUGAAUAUCUAAAAGGCAACUGCAAACUGAACAAAUUAAAUUGGGAACUCAAUGUCUCAACUGCAGCAGCACUUGUUGAUGUCCUUCAAACAAGUCGUACUCUUACGCAUUUACAUUUGACGAAUGGCGUUUGGAUCACGUCACUAACUCCAGCUCUUCAGGCAAAUCACACGGUUACACAUUUAGAUAUGCAUGGAACCGGAGUCAGUGAUGUGGAAGCCAAAGUACUUGGAAAAGUUCUCCAGUCAAAUCAUACUCUGACUCACUUGGGAUUAGGUAAUAAUCAGAUCACACCUAUCGGGGUUGAAGCCUUAGCAGAAGCUUUGAAGUCCAAUAAAGUAGUGGAGCACUUGAAUAUUGGAAAUAAUGGCAUCGGUAAUAAGGGAGCCACAGCACUUUCUCAAGCUUUGGAGUCUAACCAAACCUUGAGGUACUUAAAUUUGGACGGUGAAAUAAAUAAAUUGUUCUUCGGAUCACGUGAUCACCAAAUUGGUAAUCAGGGGUUACAGGCUUUAGCACAUGCUCUCCGAUAUAACAGUUCGCUGACCUACCUAGAUGUUCAUGGACAUACUUUUAGUGACUCAUCAUUAACAGAGCUUGGAAAGGCUCUUCAGUCAAAUUGUUCUCUGACUCAUUUAUACUUAGGGGGUGAGAAAUUUUCUUUGUUGUCCGAAUGUUGCUUUGGUGAUUCAUCAGCAGAAGUGUUUUCAAAGGCCCUUCAAUCACGUGACACUCGGCUGACCCGUUUAGAUUUAAGCCGUGCCUCGAUCAGCUCAUCAUGUGUAAUACUCCUAGCAGAAGGUCUCAGGGUUAAUUGCACUCUGGAACGUUUAGAUUUGAGUCAAAAUCACAUUGACUGUCCAGGCGCAGUAGCUCUUGCACAGGCACUGAAAACAAAUCAAACCCUGAAAUAUUUGCAGCUGCGAGAAAAUAAAAUUGGUGAUGAUGGUGCUAAAGAAUUUGUGGAGGUUCUUCAGUACAAUAAGACUUUGAAGUUUCUAGGCUUGAUAAACAAUCAAAUGACUGAGUCAGGAAAAGACUUUUUCAAGGUUUUGGGUGGCCUAUUGGAAUCACGCCGACAUCCUGUUGUUGGCGUUGGCAUAAUGUGGAUUAGGAAGUAAUGAGCAUGAAUUACCUGCCUGUAGAAUUUGUCCCACCUUUAUUUUUAUUGGUCCAAACCAGGACUAAAUGAAAGUAUUUCAAUUAUAGAACAAUGGAAAAAGGUGGUUUCAGGUACAUAAACUGAGUACUCUGAGAAACACUCGUAGGCUACAGAAACUGUGAUCAUUUAAGCACCCCCAGACGGCAUAGCAUAGACUCUUUAGUCUUGAUGUGACAUAGUAAUAAUUAUAUUAGUUUUUUUUACGCUUUCAAAUUGUAGGCCCAUCCAUGUGCAAACAGUGAAAUAAUCAUGUUUUAUAUCUCUGAUUCAUGAAGUAUUUUCAAAACAUAGGGAAAGUAGAGACUAAUAGUGUAAUAGCUGGUAUGUCAAGAAUUGUAUUUUUCACUUUGUAGUGAUGGAAUCUGAACAUUUCUGUAGUAGUAGUUAUCACAUUAAAUCUUUGUGUAAAAUAUCUGUGAUUGACUUACCAGCUUCAGGAAAACCAUGAAAAUUGUCAUUUGCACAGUGUAGUCAUCAUCAACUCAUUUCUAUUUUUUUUCUUUCUUGUGAUUCCUCAGACCCCUUUGCUCGCUGUCCUCAUAUUUUCAGAAUGAUAGCUCAAGAAGUCUGUGUUUUUUUUUUCAGUUAAGAGCAAAAGCAUUUAAAAAAUGAUUGUCUGUAUUUGAAAAUAUUUUGCUUUUUCAUUGGCUAUUUGAGAAUUUUUCCUUUUGUUACAGGGCGGGAAACUUGGCCCGUCCGAACGUCCGAGACGGGUAACUUUUCCAUUCGGACAAGGUAAAUGGAUGAUCGAAGUUGUCCGAUUGGACAAGUAAGUGGUAGUGCUCUAACGUUGCCUGACUUUGGAUAAAUAAUAAAUCAUUUUUUCCCGUAGUUUAUAACUAAAUGCCUUGAAAA